CAAUCAGUGUCCACCAAACCACGUGGUUCUCUGUUGUCUUUUUUUUCUCUCGCGUUAGGGAGAUGAUCGGACGAGCGAAAUGACCGUUAAUCUCUAUUCAUGGGGAGCCAACAGCUACGGUCAGCUGGGGCUUGGAAAUCAAGACGAUCAUCUCUUACCACAGAAAGUUGUCCUCCCUGAAACCUCGGAUGGCACCAUAUUGAACCAGCCAGUGGCCAAUAGGAUCAAAUCAAUAACUGGAGGGGGAGGUCACUCCAUCAUUAUUCAGGAUGAUGGAAGUUUAUUUACAUGUGGAAACAACUGUAAUGGCCAGCUUGGUUUGAAUCACUACAAUAAUAUAGCCGCAUUCACACGAGUGAAUCUGCCAGCAGUCAUUCUCCAAGCCUCUGCUGGAUGGGAUUUUACAGUUGUUCUCUCAGACAGGGGAGAAGUAUUUGCAUUUGGCUCCAAUGAAUUUGGACAACUUGGUUUUCAUCCUAAAGAGCUGCAGAAAUCCACCGUACCUGUAAAGGUGACUUUGCCAGCUGUGAAUGGAAAUAUAGUGGACAUAGCUACCGGUCUCCGUCAUACGGCAGUCUUAACAGCCGAAGGGAAGAUCUUCUGUUGGGGAACGAGAAGAAAAAUCAAGGAUGAAGAAUUACUGAACCAAAUGAUAACGAAGUCUUUAGAGACACCUGUUCUAGAGCCACAGGAUGGAUACAAGUUUGUGAAGAUAUCUGCUGGCUCAUUUCAUACUUUGGCACUCACAGAGAAUGGUAACUUAUGGUGUUUUGGAACAUUCAAAUACGGAGUUGCAACUAAUCAUAAUCCCCCACCUGGGCAUUCCGUGUUGGUUUACGCUAUUUCCAAAUCUUUGUUUGAUGGUCCAAUAGUUAAAAUCGCUUGUGGUUGGACACACUGCCUUGUCCAGUCAGCCAGUGAAAAAAAUUUUUCAUGGGGAAGAGGAGAUUAUGGUCAGCUAGGUAGAUCAUGUGACCAAUCACAUGAUAGCAAUCCACAACCAAUAGAAGAUCUACAAUGUGUGAAUUCCUUCAGAUGUGGAUCCGAGCAUAACUUAGCCAUAACAGAUGAUGGAAAAUUAUUCACCUGGGGUUGGAAUGAGCAUGGAAUGUGUGCCACUGGAGAUGAAAACAAUGUUGUCCGACCGACACAAGUGAAGGCUGUGUCGAACCUUCUUUCUGUUGACUGUGGGGCUGGUGCUGGACAUUGUUUCAUUCUUUGUCAAGACAAAGACUGAAAAUAUAGCUAGAAUGGCCAGGCUAUUGGCCCUGUCACAGAAGGGUAUAGUUCUUGAGCGGAAUACACAAGACUAGAUCAGCUGUGAAAAGAGGACAGAAUUAAUUUCCCUUUACCGGUAGUUGAUUGUGGUCCAGCUGAUUUCGUGACCUCUUAUCCUGAAUCUAUUGCAACUAUACCCCCCACCUCCAACAUAAAGAGAGAUGGUUUAAAAACAUUCUUAAAAUGCUAUCAUGAUUUUGAAGAUCAAUACAGUAUAACUAGCAUGCAAGACUUUACUUUUUCUAAAGUGAAAUUAGAUAAGGGGCUAUUGGAUUGAAGCAAAACAUGAUCAGCUUCUGGCCUGUUUUCUCUGUCACUGAAAAAACGAAUCUGAAUAAAUUUUGAUUUAAAAUGA